ACUGCGGGGCAUACAUAAACAUGUCAGACACGUGUAGGGAAUUCUCCAGGGGCCAGUUAGCUGAGGGGACGCGUUUGUCUGUCCAGCGAUCAGCAUAGCCUGUAGGUGCACCGUGGACAGUAACUUCUGAGACCUACGCACCAUCUGACACCAGGAGCACACGCACAACCACUGGUUCCCUCUUCUCUGCGCACUGUGCAGCCACUGCUUUUGAAUCUCCGCUCUUUUCCCCUCUUCUGUCUCUCGAGUUUCUCCGAAUCUGUCCUCUCUGGAUCUUGGAGUUGCUGCCUGGCAUGGCUGGAUGGAAUUUUUUUUGACGAGGGCAAUGCCAAUCUUAUCUUUGUCACUAUUUUGUUGUUUACUUCAGUCGUCCAAUCGCAAACCUUAUUUCGUGGGAAUUUAUUGACAAAAAUGGAGUUGUGAGACGUUGACGCAGGAUCCGUUAGUAUUAGGUUGAACAUUGAUCAGUUUGAAAUUUAAACCAAAUAUUCAUGACGGGGAGAAAGUGGACUAUGGCUUUUGUACUUGGAUAUGUGAGUUUGUUGGGCAUUCUGGUGAAUAUUGUAAUGGGACAGAUUCCUGAAAAUCACGGGAGGACACAAUAUGAUGGCUCUGCAGCAAGUAGCAGAGUACGCAGACGUGGAAAACAAGAUGCGCUUACGGGACCAAAUGUGUGUGGAUCUCGUUUCCAUUCCUACUGCUGUCCAGGGUGGAAAACUUUGCCAGGGGGCAACCAGUGUAUCGUGCCCAUAUGCCGUAACAGCUGUGGGGAUGGUUUCUGCUCACGCCCCAACAUGUGCACUUGCCCGACUGGUCACAUUACCCCAACCUGUGGGACCAAAUCCCCCCAGCAGUGUAGUAUCAGGUGCAUGAAUGGCGGGGCCUGUGCGGAGGACCACUGCACGUGUCCCAAGGGCUACACAGGAGCCCACUGUGGACAGCCCGUCUGCGAGAAGCAGUGCCAGAAUGGCGGGCGUUGCAUUGGACCCAACCGGUGUGCCUGUGUCUACGGCUUCACAGGGCCCCAGUGUGAAAGAGACUACAGAACGGGUCCCUGCUUCACCCAGGUCAACAACCAGAUGUGCCAGGGCCAGGUGACUGGCAUCGUCUGCACCAAGACGCUGUGCUGUGCCACCGUGGGCCGAGCCUGGGGCCACCCCUGUGAGAUCUGCCCGGCCCAGCCUCAGCCCUGCCGCAGAGGUUUCAUCCCCAACAUCCGCACCGGGGCCUGCCAGGAUGUUGACGAGUGCCAGGCCAUUCCAGGGCUGUGCCAAGGAGGGAACUGCAUUAACACCGUGGGCUCGUACGAGUGCAAGUGCCCAGCCGGACAUCGUCAGAACGAGAUCAAUCAGAAAUGUGAAGAUGUAGACGAGUGUACCACCACCCCACGCACGUGUGACGGCGGCCGGUGUGUGAACCUGGUGGGCAGCUUCUCCUGCGUGUGCCCGUCUGGGUUGGUGCCCUCUGCAGACAAGACCCGCUGCCUCGACCAGCACUCGGGCCUGUGUUUCUCUGGUCUGCUGAGCGGGCGCUGCACCCAGGAGCUGCCGGGCCGCUACAGUAAGGCUCAGUGCUGUUGUGACGCCGGCCGCUGCUGGGCCAGAGGCAACCUGCCAGAACUCUGCCCCGUCCCGGGAUCUGAGGCGUACCAGAGGCUGUGUCAGGAGGGAGCUCCGGUAAGACCAUACCCCGAGGGGGAUCCAGUGAUCGUGGGCGGCCGAGUGCCAUACCCCCAGGCCCCAGAGUACGACCCUACGAUCAACGGCCGCAGAGUCAAUGGAAAUGGACACCCCUACCCCCAGACCCCAGAGAAUGGAAAUAGCAACAGGAGGCACCCCAUCAAUGGCAACGGUCACAAAAUACCCCAGCAGCCUGACUAUGCCACCCUGAACCACACGGCGGACUACUGCAGGCAGGUGCCCAAUGUCUGCAUAAACGGGCACUGCAUCCCCGUGGCGUCGAGCUACCGCUGCGAAUGUAACAAAGGCUACAUGCUGGAUGGCAGAGGAGACUGUAUGGAUUUCGACGAGUGCGCCUCAGACCCCUGCUCUAAUGGAGACUGCGUCAACACCCCCGGCUCCUACUACUGCAAGUGCCACACUGGCUUCCUCAGGACCCCGACCAAGCAAACCUGCAUAGACAUUGACGAGUGCCUGCACAACGGGGUGCUGUGCAACAACGGGCGCUGUCUGAACACGGAGGGUACCUUCCAGUGCAUCUGCAACGCAGGCUUCCAGCUCACUCCCGACAGGAGGAACUGCGUGGACCACGAUGAGUGCGCCUCCACCAACAUGUGCUUGAACGGCAUGUGCAUCAACGAGGACGGCAGCUUCAAGUGCAUCUGCAAACCUGGCUUCAUUCUGGCCUCCAGUGGCCGCUACUGCAUAGAUAUUGAUGAGUGUCAGACCCCAGGCAUGUGUAUGAAUGGCCGCUGUCUUAACACUGAUGGCUCUUUCCGCUGUGAGUGCAUGGCAGGGCUUGCCGUGAGUACAGACGGACGUUCCUGCAUAGACACACACAUGCGCAGCACCUGCUACGGAGGCAUCAAGAAGGGGGUGUGCAUUCGCCCCUUCCAGGGAGCGGUCACCAAGUCCGAGUGCUGCUGUGCCAAUGCCGAUUACAGCUUUGGCGAGCCCUGCCAGCCCUGCCCGGCCAGGAAUUCAGCUGAAUUCCAGGCGUUGUGUGGGAGUGGAAUCGGCUUCUCAGUAGACGGCACAGAUAUUAAUGAGUGUGCGCUGGACCCUGACAUCUGUGCUAACGGCGUGUGUGAGAACCUGAGGGGGAGCUACCGCUGCAUCUGUAACGUGGGCUACGAGACCGACGGCAGCGGCAGGAACUGUGUGGACAUUGACGAAUGCCUGGUGAACCGGCUGCUGUGUGACAACGGCCUGUGCCGGAACGUUCCGGGAAGCUACAGCUGCACCUGCCCAAAGGGGUAUCUCUUUAGGCAGGACUCUGAGACGUGCGAAGAUGUGAAUGAGUGUGAGAUCAGUCCGUGUGUGAGCGGGGCGUGUAGGAACAAUGCUGGCUCCUUCUCCUGCGAGUGCUCGCCAGGCAGCAAGCUUGACCCCACGGGACUCAUCUGCAUUGACAGCCUGAAAGGCACCUGCUGGCUCCACAUCCAAGAUGGCCGCUGUGAGGUCAACAUCAACGGCGGGACACUGAAGUCGGAGUGCUGCUCCACGCUGGGGGCCGCCUGGGGUAGCCCCUGCGAGCAGUGCGAGAUCGAUCCUGUUUGCUCCAGAGGGUUCGCUCGUCCAAAAGGCAUCACCUGUGAAGACGUGAACGAGUGUGAGGUGUUCCCCGGUGUGUGUGUUAAUGGCCGCUGCGUGAACAGCCGCGGUUCCUUCAAGUGCCAGUGUCCAGAGGGCCUAACCCUGGACUCCACGGGACGCUUGUGUGUCGAUAUCCGCUCGGAGCAGUGUUACCUCACGUACGAUGAGGACACCUGCACCCAGUCCGUGUCUGGAAGGUUCCGGAUGGACGCCUGCUGCUGCACUGUGGGGGCUGCCUGGGGGAAGGAGUGUGACGCUUGCCCGGAGCCUGGCAGCCGCGAGUACGACACCCUCUGUCCGCGAGGCCCCGGCUUUGCCAACCGAGGAGACGUACUCACCGGGAGACCCUUCUACAAGGACAUCAAUGAAUGUAAAGUGUUCCCCAGCAUCUGCACCCAUGGCAAAUGCCGCAACACGAUUGGCAGCUUCAGGUGUCGCUGUAACAGCGGCUUCGCUCUCGACAUGGAGGAACGGAACUGCACUGACAUCGAGGAGUGCCGCAUCUCGCCGGACCUGUGUGGUCACGGGACCUGCGUCAACACGCCCGGCAGCUUCGAGUGCGAGUGCUUCGAGGGCUACGAGAGCGGCUUCAUGAUGAUGAAGAACUGCAUGGACAUUGAUGAGUGUGAGCGGAACCCUGGCCUGUGCCGUGGAGGCUCCUGUGAGAACACUGAUGGCAGCUACCUGUGUGUGUGUCCACAUGGUCAUCAGCUGUCUGCUGACGGGGAUGCCUGUGAGGAUGUUAACGAGUGUGAGCUGAGCUCCUCGCUGUGUCGAAACGGCAAGUGUGUGAACGUAGUGGGAACAUAUCGCUGCACCUGUACCUCCGGCUACCAGCCCACACCUGACCUACAGGGAUGCACAGACAUUGAUGAGUGCACCAUAGAGAAUGGAGGCUGUGAUCUGCACUGCACCAACUCAGAGGGCAGCUAUCAGUGCAGCUGUAACUCAGGCUACGCCCUCAUGCCCGACCAGAGGAGCUGCAAUGAUGUGGAUGAAUGUGAGGAGGAGCCUGGCAUCUGUGAUGGAGGACAGUGCUCUAACAUCCCCGGGGAGUACCACUGUCUGUGCUUCGACGGGUUCAUGGCGUCCCUCGACAUGAAGAGCUGCAUAGAUGUGAACGAGUGUGAGCUGAAUGCCAACCUGUGCAUGUUCGGGGAGUGUGAGAACACCAAGGGCUCCUUCAUCUGCCACUGCGACGUGGGCUACUCCGUCAAGAUCGGCACAUCUGGCUGCACAGAUGUGGACGAGUGUGAGGUGGACGCCCAUAACUGCGAUCUCCAUGCCACCUGUGUCAACACCCCGGGGGGCUUCCACUGCUCCUGUCGAGAAGGCUGGCUGGGCGACGGGGUCAAGUGUGUGGACCUGGACGAGUGCACUAAUGGGACACACCACUGCAGUGCCAGUGCUGAGUGUGUGAACUCCCCCGGCUCCUACCGCUGCUCCUGCUCACCGGGCUUCACUGGAGAUGGCGUCACCUGCACAGACACGGAUGAGUGUGCUGAAAAUGUGAACCUGUGUGAAAACGGCCAGUGCCUGAACGUGCCCGGAGGCUACCGCUGCGAGUGUGAGAUGGGCUUCGUCCGGGCCCCUGACAGCAAAUCCUGCAAAGAUAUCGAUGAGUGCACCUUCCAUAGCAUCUGUGUGUUUGGCACCUGCAAGAACCUCCCCGGAAUGUUCCGCUGCAUCUGUGACGAUGGCUAUGAGCUAGACAGGUCCGGAGGAAACUGCACAGACGUAGAUGAGUGCAUGGACCCUAUAAACUGUGUGAAUGGACUCUGUGUGAACAUCCCUGGCUCCUACGAGUGUAACUGCCCAAAUGACUUUGAGCUCAACCCUACUGGAGUGGGCUGUGUGGACACUCGUGUGGGGAACUGUUUCCGGGAGGCGAGUCCUCGCGGGCGCGGCAGUCUGUCGUGUAGCGUGGAGGUGGGGGUGGGCGUCAGCCGCUCCUCCUGCUGCUGCUCGCUGGGCCGAGCCUGGGGGAACCCCUGUGAACUCUGCCCCCCCAUCAACUCCUCGGACUACAGCACUUUGUGUCCAGGUGGAGAGGGCUUCAGACCAAAUCCCAUCACCAUCAUCCUGGAAGACAUUGACGAAUGCCAGGAGUUGCCAGGACUUUGCCAGGGAGGGAACUGUCUGAACACCUUUGGGAGUUUCCAGUGUGACUGCCCUCCCGGCUACUACCUCAAUGAGGACAGCCGCAUCUGUGAAGACAUUGACGAGUGUGUGUCGAACCCGGGCAUCUGUGGACCUGGCACCUGCUAUAACACCCUGGGCAACUACACCUGUGUGUGCCCACAGGAGUACAUGCAAGUCAAUGGAGGCAACAACUGCAUGGACAUGAGGAAGAGCCUCUGUUACAGGAACUACAAUGGCACCGUGUGUGAGAACGAGUUGGCCUUCAACCUCACCCACCGACUCUGCUGCUGUUCCUACAACGUGGGCAAAGCCUGGAACAAGCCCUGUGAAGCCUGCCCAACACCCGCCACAGAUGAGUACCGUUUCCUCUGUGGCAACAUUGUACCUGGAUUCAAACUGGACAUUGAGACCGGUAAAGCCGUAGACAUUGAUGAGUGUCGGGAGAUCCCUGGUAUCUGUGCCAACGGUGUUUGCAUCAACCAGAUCGGAAGCUUCCGCUGCGAAUGCCCCACAGGCUUCAGCUACAAUGACCUCCUGCUCGUGUGUGAAGACAUAGAUGAGUGCAGCAGUGGUGAGAGCCUGUGCCAGAGGAACGCAGACUGCAUCAACAGCCCCGGUAGCUACCGCUGCGAGUGCUCCGACGGCUUCAACCUCUCCCCCACCGGUGCCUGCAUCGACCGCAACGAGUGCUUGGAGAUCCCCAACGUCUGCAGCCACGGGGAGUGUGUGGACAUCCAGGGCGGCUACGAGUGUGUCUGCCACAACGGCUUCAGAGUGUCCGUCAACCACAGGAUGUGCAUGGACGUCGACGAGUGUGUGCGGCAGCCCUGUGGAAACGGCACGUGCAAGAACACGGUGGGCUCCUUCAACUGCCUCUGUCACCCCGGCUUUGAGAUCACACAUAACAACGACUGCACAGACAUUGACGAGUGCACGAACUCGUACGGCCAGAUCUGCAGGCACGGCCACUGCAUCAACAGCAUCGGCUCCUUCCAGUGCCUGUGUGACGAGGGAUACGAGCCCAAUCUGGAGGGCAAAAACUGCAUCGAUGUGAACGAAUGUGUUAUCCUGCCUGGAACUUGUGCUCCCGGCACGUGCCAGAACCUGGAUGGGUCGUUCCGCUGCAUCUGUCCUGAGGGUUACAGGGUGCUGAACGAACACUGCGUAGAUGUCAAUGAGUGUGUGGAGGAUCCCAACAUCUGUCUGUUUGGGACCUGUUUCAACAGCCCUGGCAGCUUUGAGUGUGUUUGCAAACCUGGGUUCAUCUUGUCAGAGAACGGACGCAGAUGUUAUGAUAAGCGGGAGAGCUACUGCUUCACACGCUUUGAGAGCGGCAAGUGCUCGCUCCCGCAGGCCUUCAACACAUCCAAGGCCAAGUGCUGCUGCAGCAACAUGCCUAAAGAGGGCUGGGGCGACCCCUGUGAGCUCUGCCCCAAGGAGACUGAUGCUGGCUUCAAAGACCUUUGUCCGUUUGGCUUUGGUAUAGUCCCUGGCUUUGAUGACUCACGUAUAGACCUGAAUGAAUGCGUGGAGAAUCCAGGCAUCUGCUACAAUGGGCACUGUAUCAACACUGACGGCUCCUUCCGCUGUGAAUGUCCCAUGGGCUACACGCUCAACUACACCGGGGUGCACUGUAUCGACAUUGAUGAGUGCUUGGUGGGAAACCCAUGUGGGAACGGCACCUGCACUAAUGCGAUCGGGGGCUUUGAGUGCACCUGUGAUGAUGGCUUUGAACCAGGACCCAUGAUGACCUGUGAAGACAUAAACGAGUGCGGGCAGAACCCAUUGCUCUGUGCGUUCCGCUGCAUUAACACGUUCGGCAGCUACGAGUGCAGCUGCCCAGCGGGCUACACGCUCAGGGAGGACGGCAGGAUGUGCAAAGACCUGGAUGAGUGUUCUGAGGGCCUUCAUGACUGUGAGUCCCGGGGGAUGGCCUGCAAGAACCUCAUCGGCACCUUCAUGUGCAUCUGCCCGCCAGGGAUGAUGCGCCGCCUGGACGAUGAACUGUGUCAAGAUGAGAAUGAGUGCCGCACUAAGCCUGGUAUCUGUGAGAACGGGCGCUGUGUGAACACCAUCGGCAGCUACAUGUGUGAGUGCGGGGAAGGCUUCCAGCCAGACUCCACCCGCACACAGUGCUUAGACUACCGGGAGGGCUUCUGCUUCACGGAGGUGCUUCAGACAAUGUGCCAGAUGUCGUCCAGCAGCAGGACCCCCUCCACCAAGUCUCAGUGCUGCUGUGACGGGGGCCGCGGCUGGGGCAACCAGUGCGAACUCUGCCCCCUGCCCGGCACCGCCAAGUACAAGAAGCUGUGCCCACACGGCCAUGGAUACGCCACCGACGGCAGAGACAUAGACGAGUGCAGACUCAUCCCAGACGUGUGUAAGAACGGAAAGUGCAUCAACACCAUGGGCUCCUACAAGUGCCACUGCAAACCUGGGUACACCACUACUAUCAGUGGAACAGCAUGCGUCGACCGGGAUGAAUGUGUCAUGUCUCCCAAGCCGUGCAACUUUAUCUGCAAGAACACAGAGGGCAGCUAUGUGUGCUCCUGUCCCCGUGGUUACACACUGCAGGAGGACGGCAGGACCUGUAAAGAUCUAGACGAGUGUCAGACCAAGAAGCACAACUGCCAGUUCAUCUGUGUCAACACCAUCGGUGGCUUCACCUGCAAGUGCCCUCCUGGUUUUACUCAGCACCACACAGCCUGCAUAGAUAAAAAUGAGUGCGCGGGAGAAGCCUCCCUCUGCGGAACCAAGGGCAUCUGCCAGAACAGCCCAGGCAGCUUCAACUGCGACUGCCAGCACGGAUACUCCCUGGACAACACUGGCCUGCACUGCGAAGAUGUGGAUGAGUGUAAGAGCACCCACAGGUGCCAGUAUGGCUGCCAGAACAUGCUAGGAGGCUAUCGCUGCAGCUGCCCCCAGGGCUACACACAGCACUAUCAGUGGAAUCAGUGUGUGGAUGAGAACGAAUGCUCCAACCCCACCAGCUGUGGCUCGGCGUCCUGCUACAACACGCUGGGCAGCUUCAAGUGUGCCUGCCCCUCGGGCUACAACUUCGACCAGUUCAGCAGCAGCUGCCAGGACUUGAACGAGUGCACCACGCGCAAGAACCCCUGCAACUACGGCUGCUCCAACACCGAGGGGGGCUACCUGUGCGGAUGCCCCCCGGGCUACUUCAGAGUGGGCCAAGGUCACUGUGUGUCUGGAACUGGCUUUGGGAAAGGCCUGCACAUGCCUCAUGCGGGAGAAGAGCGAGUGGAGGAGGACAACGCCCUCUCCCCCGAGGCCUGCUACGAGUGCAAGAUCAACGGCCACUCCAAGAGGGGCACGCGGAGGAGACGGGACGCCAACGGAACCCUGGCAGCAGAGGAGCCGGAGGUGAGCCUGGCCAGUCUGGACAUGGAUGAGCCGCUGAUGCUCGUGCUCAACACCUCCCAGCUGGACCCUGACGAGCACCUCCUGGAGCUACGGCCCGCCCUGCGGCCCCUCGACGGCCACGUGCGCUACGCCAUAGCCGGGGGCAGCGGGGCCGACGUCUUCCGUCUGGAGCACCGCGACGGCCUGAGCUACCUGCACUUGGCGUCACCGGUGGCGGGAGAGGCGUGGCAGCGGCAGAUACGGCCCGCGCCCGGAAGCUACGUGCUGGAGAUCAGCAGCGCGCCACUCUUCGCUCCCGCCCAGCUCCGAGCGCUCGAGAGCAGCAAGGACAGAGACUACCUCUCAGGGGAGCUGGGCGAAAACCUGCACAUGAGACUGCACAUCCAGCUGCAGGAGAACUAGAGCCAGCGGGCCUGUGGAGCAGCAGGAUCACACCCAUGUCAUUAUCUCCCUCCCUCCCUCGCUCGCUCACUCUCUGCUUCCGGAGUUCUCUCUCACUCCCUCUUU